AUUUGUGUGUAAACAAACUUUUUUCAGAGUUAAGGUAUCAACUCCCUAUAUGCCACUAUUGUUACCAUAACUAUUUAUUGCAACUCUGAAAGAUCAAGUUGAUUUUAUCAAAAUACAAUCUUACCGAGUGUGAAAAAGUAUUUUGAAAAAUAUGUGUUAUUAAAUAGAAGUGUUGGAAUUCUUCUAAAUGAAUAAAAAUUUACCGUUAUAUUUUAUGUAAUUAAUGUUUUUGUGUACUUUCAAUGAAGUCUUGUUUAUUAUUUUGAAAUCCUAAGUUAAAUUUUCCUUAAGAUGGAUGGGUCGGCACUACACAUACCAGUGGAUUUUAGCAAGUCACUUGAUAAUAUGUCACCGGAGGAGAGAUUACGUGCCGAACAUCAAUUAAUGCACGAGAAACAUAAAGGUCACGAAACUAUGCAUUCCGAAAUGGUUCUUAUUUUGUUUAUAACACUUCUUGUUGCACAAAUAAUUUUAAUCGAAUGGAAAAAACGACACAAUAAGUCUUAUUUUGUGGCCACACUUUUAGCAAUGUGGAUUAUUCCUUUGGUAAUAUCGUUUCUUUAUAGGUGGCUGCGUUUUAUAAUUAUUUGGGCGGUGUUUUCGUUUAUAACAGCUUUAAUAAUUAGAACAGCUACAAACAAACCAAUACAAGGGACUACGCCGAGACUCGUUUACAAGUGGUUUUACUUCUUAUACAAGUUUAGCUACGGUUUGGGUAUUGUAGGUUAUUUUAUAAUGAUGGCCACAUUUUUGGGAUUAAAUUUCAUUUUUAAUCAACAACCAAAUGUUUGGAUGGAUGUUGGUUUUUUAUGUGUAUUUUAUGGACUUUAUAUUGGAGUACUAGGAAGAGAUAUAUCUGAAUUUUGUUCUGAGAAAAUGGCAGCUUUAAUAGGUUAUUACACUCCACAAGGAAUACCUACGCGGUACUUAGAAAAUAAUGUCUGUGCAGUUUGUGGAAAUCUACUAUCUCGUGCAAAAGAAUCUGGUACUAUUGAAAAUACUUACAAAUUAUCGUGCAAUCAUGUCUUUCACGAAUUUUGCAUACGAGGAUGGUGUAUCGUUGGCAAAAAACAAACCUGUCCAUAUUGUAAAGAGAAAGUUGAUCUAAAAAAAAUGUUUUGUAAUCCAUGGGAACGACCACACGUGCUUUAUGGACGCCUCUUAGAUUGGAUCAGAUGGCUGGUUGCUUGGCAACCACUUAUUUUCUUUAUAGUACAAGGUAUCAAUUGGGUACUAGGCUUAGAGUAGUUGGAGGUACAACCUAAGUUAUUUAAUAUAUUUUCCCUUAACUAAUUAAAAUUAUUUUUAAGCACU